AUGGGAAACAAAAACGCUCGAGGUAAUGCGGCCCAAGCCCGACCAUCUGCUGCCUUUUUCGCAGAGAUUGCCGAAAAGCAAAAGAUCGCAUCCGAUGCUGCGAAGGCUCUUGCAGCUAAGCCUUUUGACAUGACUACACUGCCCGCUCAUCCCAGCCUUAAGAUUCUUGGUGACAAGGAGAUUGGCAUCCGAAUCGCUAAAGACACAGAUAUGACUACGCUCCUCCAAGUCUUGCCUCAUUACGAGGCUCAUGUCACAAAGAUGGCAAUCGAAAUUCACACACCUACUCCUCACUUUGAGGCUCGUGAAAAGGUCGUCAAUCGGCUCGAAAAGAUGAAGACCUUCUAUGCCAUCAUUAACAAGUUCAGAUGGACCCAUCUUGAUGUCAACAUGUACCUUGACACUUACAACUUUCCUCAAAUGAAGCUGGCUGCAGGCUUGUGGGGCUUGUCGCGCAAGAACUGGAAGCUGACCUACGAGGUCCGCGGAUUUGAAGGUGACUAUGUAAAAGUCACUGAUUAUUCUGAGUUCGGCCGUAGAUUGUCGGGUGUCUACAAGACGGAAUUUUUGGAGCAACCAAAGUUGUCUCAAACACAAGCAAAGUAG